GUGCAAAACACAUAGGACUUUGUUAAAAAUAUGCUCAUAGUAAAAGGGAGCAUAAGCCUUCCGUAGUCAUGCGAGCGUUGAAAUUAAUCUGAGAGGGGACUGAUACGGCAAUGGAGAUCUUUGGCUGCAAUCUUUGAACAGUUUUGUAUUGGAGAGUUCUGAAGAUCACCGUCAGUUCCUUUUCCAAGACUCAAAAUUAACUGCGCGCCUAUUUACAAUCUAUCAUAAGCCUGGCCUCUGAAAUGCAGUAAGGAGAUGAAAAGAUAAGUUGUGGUUUUAUUUGCACUGGCAGGGUGUUUUUAUACUGUUUAAGAACUAGAAAAAUAAAUGCUAAUGUGAAAGAAGACAGGCGUUAGAGUAUACGGAUGGUCUUCCUGUAGACAAACCAAGUUUCCUUCGAGUUGAGCUCGAUUCUUGAUUUGACUUUAAGGUGUCUCUGAGUAAUGAUCUUAGCAACAAUCGCGGAAAUGGUUUGCAACCGCCUUCUUGAAAAAAAAAACGUAGCUUUUCAUCCUAGAGAUCGUCCUCCAUCCAAGUAUUAUCAAAUCAGCCAGGGUCGGCUACCCAUAGCUAUGCAGAAAUCCUGUAUGUCUUUAUUAAUAUGUAUGAGGAAAACUGUAAGACUCUAGUAACGUAGAAUUCAGAAAAGUAAGUGGACUAUUCUACCUCUUUUCAAAUCUCUAGCUACCAUUACCGUUCGGGAGAGCGCGAGAACGGCCACUUUCGUUUUUGCCGGAACUGUAGACCACGUGCCAAUGUCACCUUUUCCUAAUUCUAGCUACCCCACGGCCUCGGUUUAGUAGCGCCCUGCGCAUCUGGAUUGUUUUUGGUCUCUACCAGUCGUUAAACGAAGAAACUACUGAAGUGACGAUGACGGCGACCGUGGCGGCCGCGUUCAGAACCGUGGAACCUUUGGAAUAUUACAGAAGAUUCUUAAAAGAAAAUUGUCGGCCUGAUGGAAGGGACCUUGGUGAAUUUAGAACCACAACCAUCAACAUAGGUUCCAUUACAACUGCAGAUGGCUCUGCACUUGUGAAGCUAGGAAAUACUACAGUGAUAUGCGGCAUAAAAGCGGAAUUUGCAGCACCCACUGUUGAUUCCAGUAACAAAGGAUAUAUCAUUCCUAAUGUAGAUCUUCCUCCACUUUGUUCAUCAAGAUUUCGACCUGGACCUCCAGGUGAAGAGGCUCAAGCAGCUAGUCAGUUUAUUGCUGAUGUGAUUGAAAAUUCACAGGUAGUAAUGAAGGAAGACCUAUGCAUUAUAGAUGGAAAGAUUGUAUGGGUUCUAUAUUGUGACAUUAUAUGCUUAGACUAUGAUGGAAACCUUCUCGAUGCCUGCAUGUGUGCUUUCUUAGCAGCUCUGAAAAACGUGUUGUUGCCUGUUGUUACAAUAAAUGCAGAAACUGGUUUGGCGGAAGUUAAUUUGAAAGAGAAGAAUCCUUUGACUAUUAAAAAGCAACCAGUGGCAACAUCAUUUGUGCUGUUUGACACAUUAGUGGUAGUUGACCCAACUGCAGAAGAAGAAGACUUGGCAUCUGGGACUUUAACUAUUGUGACUGAUGAAGAAGACAAAUUGUGUUCUGUUCAUAAGCCAGGAGGAAGCACAGUAACAGAAGCAAAACUUCAAGACUGUAUCAGUCGGGCAAAAACACGACAUAAAGAAGUAAAGAAACUAAUGGAUAAAAUAAUCAAAAGUGUAUGAUUAGUAAAA